AUGCCGGACCUCGCCGAAUCAGCCGUGAUGACCCCGGCAGCUCGCAAGACAAUGCAGGAACUGGAGAAACGCAGGUACAAUACCGACCAUGAUACAACCACCGAACUGCUACGAAGGGUUGCGACCCUCGAGGCAAAGAUCGAGAAUUUCGGAUCGUCCCUCCAACGGAUCGAGGAGUGCAUGGUAGCCCUUUUGGAUGGCGACAAUUCUCGCCGUAUCGGCCUAUCGACACCCGCGAAGCAAGGCGAUAACCGCCCCGGGAAAUCCGAUGCGACGACAGAAAGAGCCGUCAGCUCGAACGCCCAGCUGUCGGAAUCUCUCUUUGAGGAUUUCGGCAUGCCGGAAGAUGUCUUCAUGGCUGUCAUCGAUGCUUACUUUCACUAUUGUCACAACCAGCCCUACUCCUUCUUUCACGAGGAGAACUUUCGGCAACGCCUGCGAGCGCAAAUAAUUCCAAAACAUCUAGUACUGACCGUCGUGGCGACGGCCGUGAGAUUCUGUCCGCACCCAUACUUCGCCAGACGGGUGCAUGAGGCCUCUGUGGAUUAUGCGAACAGGGCCUGGAAGCUCAUCGUGGCCGACUGCUUCACAGUUGGCAAGGUCGCAGAAGUAUCCACUGUGCAGACGGUUGCUCUGCUGGGUCUUUUCGACUUCACAGCCGGUCGAUCACGCCAUGGGUCAGCAUGGGUGAAGGUUGGGCUAGCUGUGAGGAUCGCCCAGGAUUGCGGGCUCAUGCUGGAGAAUGCCACAUCCCUUCCUUACGCGGAGCAGGAGGAGAGACGCCGCGUCUUCUGGUCCGUCUUUCUCUUGGAUCGCUUGGUCUCCUGUGGUCGUGGCCGGCCACCGGCCAUAGUGGAUGCGUCUUGCCAUCUACAGCUGCCGUCCGAUGAACCAAUAUGGAGGAGCGGGCUGUGGACCAAGACUCAAUCGCUGGAUGAAAUGGCGAAUCGCACGCUGCCAGUAACGCAGAGGCAGGGCGCGUUUGCCCGAGUCAUAGCCAUUGCGCAGAUCUUGGGUCGGAGUGCCCAGUUCAUGCUGCAAGACUCUAACAUUCGAAAUCUGCAUCCCCCGUGGGACCCAAGCUCCGAAUUUGCCGCCAUGGAGUCGGACCUGCUGCACUUUGAGGCGUAUCUGGAGAUCCAGCUCCCCGUCAAAGAUGUACUGGCUCCGCAUAUCUCGGCUGAAGGAGUCGUGGAUUCGCAAUCCACGGGCCCAAUCAUCUUUUCCCGGGCCCUAUUUCACCUCUGUUACUGUUUGCUCAACCACCCUUUCCUGCUACGGCGACGCAUCGAUACGUGCCGUAAUUUAGCCCCCAUGAGCUUCAUGGAACGAUCCUCCGAUUUGGCUUGGCACCACGCGCAGCAGAUGAUGACACUAAUUCGCGAAGCACGCAAGUGUGGUUGCUCGUUUCACUCCUCGUCCAGCGGAUACGCUGUCACCGUGGCGGGUUCCAUCAUAGCAUUGCGCACCUACGAUUCGGAUCCGCAGGUUUUUGAGAAAGCCCAAGUCUUGCUCGACGAGGCUCUAUUAUAUCUAGACACUGUUGGCCAGCACUGGAGUAACGUGAUCACAAUGGCUUCAAUGCUCCGACGGAUGGUCUAUAAUGGAUUUUUAGGCAGUAGCCUACUUGAUUGGACGCAACCAUCGACGCUUACCCAGAUGGAGGAAGAGACCCUCUGGGCGGUGGUUGACUACAAUACCAUGUCCGAUCAAGAUGCAGACGACACGAUAAUGGAUGAACAGACGACAGACGGGGCCUUACUGAGCUCGUGGGUUGAGCUUUUUGGCACGGUUGAUUAUUCUUCAUUCCCUGCCAUGAGCACGAUUAACCAACAUUGA